AUGCGUGCCUUCAUUUUUUUCCUCGUUGUUGGUGUUGUGUUCGCCGAUUAUCAAUCCCAAAACUCUGGCUAUGAGAAUGCUGAAAUUGCUCAACCUACACCUGGAGCUCCACUCAGUGCUGAUGGCGGAGAUCAACAAGCAUACAAUUCGGAUGUAGGAUCUGAUGGAGGACUGCCUCUAGUCCCUUCUCAACCUCCAGCAUCUGGACCUACCCUAUUGUCACCGUACACCACACCCGUCGUAAUUGCUGAGUUACUCCUAAAGGCUCAAAAACUUUCGAAAAUUCUGAUGGAUAACUACAUCGGAAAAUCCUCCGAACAACCUUCAAAAUUCCGUGAGUAUUUAGGAUAA